AUGUCAAUUCCCCAAAUUCUCGGAGAAGGCCUAUUCGCAAAACUUCCUGUCCUGGUCAAUGAAGAUACCUGUGCCGGAAAAACUUACAUCAUCACCGGCGGAAACCACGGCCUUGGUCUUGAGACAGCCCGACAUCUCGUACGCAGCUUCGCUGCUCGUGUCAUCCUCACUGUGCGGAACAUGAAAGCAGGUGAGAAUGCAAAAGCCGACAUCGAGCGUGCGACCGGACGAACAGGCGUCAUCGAGCUAUGGGACCUUGACCUCGCUUCAUACGACUCGAUCAAAGCUUUUGCGAGCAAGCUAUGUUCUGAUACUGGACGGAUAGAUGCAUUCAUCGCCAACGCGGGUGUGCAGAUGGAUAGGUGGGAAAGCGCACAAGGCAUGGAACUAUCUAUGCAAGUCAAUGUGAUUAGCACCAUGCUACUCGCUGUCUUGAUACUUCCGAAGCUUAUGGAGAGUGCGAAUAGCUACAGAAAUGAACCCAAGCUAGUGUUCGUAGGCAGCGCACUUGGGUUCGUGGCCAAAGAGGAUUUGGCGAAAUGUGGACAGGCCAAUGUCUUCGCAGCACUAAACGAACCCACUCGUGCGAAUAUGGACCAAAGGUACGCUCUUACCAAGCUUGUCGAGCACUACGCUAUCCGCGAACUCGCAAAUCUAUGUCCCGUGGAACGCACCUGCGUCACUAUCAACGUAACUGCACCGGGGUUAUGUUCAACAGGCCUUGGUCAUGAUACAUCUACGAAGACGCGAGCGAUGGUCAGCGUUCUGCGGGCCGCGUUUGCUCGAACAGCGGAGCAGGGAAGUCGCACGAUACUGCAUGGCGUCGUCGCAGAGAGGGACAGCCAUGGGAAGAUGUUAUCUGGGUGCAAGAUCAAAGAAUAUUGGGUUCCGAAGUGGAUGUCCGAUACAGGGGGUAAACAGAUGCAAAAGCAAAUAUGGAGCGAGCUGGCGAAAAUCAUGGAGAUCCAACAACCUGGGUGUGUUUCAAAAAUCUCCUGA